AUGAAGGCAGGCCUGUGGUGUGGUGUGGUGUGGUGUGGUGGACUGUGGAUAUGUCAGAUAUGAAAUGGCUGCAUGGGGACAAAGGGAGGCCAGGUUGCCAGGUUAGAUCGGGUGUCUCCUGCCACCGAGCCCUUUGGUUCCCCUUUAUAAUGGCAGCAUUUCAUCAUUUCCCCCCCAUCUGAAUGGCAGCCGCUUUGACAGCAGAGAAUAAGGGCUGUCUUCCAGCAUGCCUUCAGCGUAGUAUCAGCCCUUAGUGCUGCUCUGUGGCUGACUGAUGCCUCACACUGCACUCAGGUUACACUGGAUGGGUCCCAAACGGCACCCUAUUCCCUAUAUAGUGCACUACAUUUGACCAGAGCCCCUGGUCCAAAGUAGUGCUGUGGUCCAAAGUAGUGCACUAUAUAGGGAAUAGGGUGCCGUUGUCUUCUACAACUGGGGCUUAGGAGUGGGCAUGCAAUACUUUUUGAGGAAUAUGAGGGAUGUUUUUUUGUUGUUUUUUUUAAACUCUGAGAAUUUAAUAUCUACACGUUUGCUGGCUAUAUUGACAUAUUCUUUCCAAUGUUAAUUGAAACAUGAUUAUUGACACAACCAAUAUGUUGAUAAAUGAUAUCCAUCUCAGCACACCGUGGGUGAACUCUUGGAUAAGGCCAGUCAAUCGUCUGUGUUCUGGUAUUUAGGGUCACUGCACAUGGCCUCUCUUCUUGGCAGUGGCACUCGGAUGAGAAUACCACCUGUCAGGGCCUGCGUUCAACUCCCGGCACAAUAGGUUGUAUCCAACUUAACUAUUGAGGAGUAGAAUUCAAAAUGAUUUUGAAUUGGCAUUAAAGAACACUGCAUUGUGUAAAAAGGUUUAAGAAAUAAUGAGAGCCCCAUAUACACUCAACGGACAGUUUACUGGGUAUGCCCAUUUAGUACUGGGUUUUGGACCCUCCUUUGCCUCCAGAACAGCAUGAAGUCUACGGGGAGUUCUACAAGGUGUUGGAAACAUUCCACAGGGAUGUUGGUCCAUGCUGACACGAUGACUCCGUCAUUCCUGUGGACUAGAGCAUCCUCUGUUACCAAAAUGUGUCAAAGUUAUCUAUAAAAGUUAUGCCAACAGAGCUGAAGUAGUCUUUUAGCCAGAUGUGUAAUGUCAGUAGCCUGCAAAGAAUCUUUCGCAGCCGUGGCCCAGCGAUGGCAGAUGGCUUGAAAUAAUCUGCAGAUUUUGGAGUCUUUCAGAGCUAGAAUCAGUUCUUUCAAAUCCAUUUUCAGCAGUUCCCGAGCUAGCCUUCCUAAUGUCGUUUGUCCCCACAUGGACUACGACAGCGUCAGCCCCCCCGGCAGCUUUCGUAGAACGGUAGGAAGCAGCCAUCCUCCUCGUGGCCCACCCGGCCCUACAGGGGACCAGGGGGGUGACAUGGUGCCCAUUGUGGUCUCCUCCAGUAGGGUGAAUGUCCUGGGUCUGGUGGUCUUCUCUAUAGGCUUUGGUCUGGUCCUGGGAGAGUUGAAGACCUCUGAAGGACUUCUCUGACUGCCUGAACGAAGCCAUUAUGCGCCAGUUCAGCGUCAUCAUCUGGUAAGUAAACAGUAAUAAUGGCCGUGGCUCAUCUUGCUAUGUAUUUUUAAAAAUAAUAACAAUAAUAAUAACAAUAAUAAUAACAAUAAUAGUUGUAUACAUUAUUUUAGAACACAAUUGCUAUAGAAGGCAUUUAAUAAUUCUGCCCAUGUAGAUUCUAUGUGGCCCUAAAGCUGCAUUCAUGCCCUCUUAGACGUUUCCCUGUGGGAUUGUUUCUUACUUUCCAAUGUUCAGUGGUGCACAUGAAUGCAACACAACUCUGCUUUGUCUCAGUCCCUCAGGUACGCCCCAGUGAGGAUCCUGUUCUUGAUAGCAGGGAAGAUCAUGGAGAUGCGUGACGUUGGAGAGAUGGGGGGGUCAGCUGCACACUCUGUGUGUGAUAACAGGCCUGCUGGUUCACAGCCUGGUUACCCUGCUCUCUGCUCUACCUCACCGUUACACACAGGAACCCCUACCUACUGCAGGCACUGGGAACCUCAUCUAGGUGAGGCUACUCAUGAAAUACUGCACACACUGGAUAUUUGGUUUGACUUCAGGAAGUAGUUAAGGAAAACUUUAUUUUUUUGUUAUUAUACUGAAUAACAGAAAAUAAGGAACUCAUGGUCCUGAAAUAAGGUCUUAUGAUCGAAGCUGUCAUUCAACCAUCCAUUUAUUCAUCCAUCCAUCCACUAACCCAUUCAUCCAUCCAUCCAGCCACACAUUUACCCGUCCACCUACCCAUCCACUCACCCAUUCAUCCAUCCAGCCAUCCAUUCAUCCAUCCAUCCAUUCACCCACCCAUCCACUCACCCAUUAAUUCAUUCCUUCAUCCAUCCAUCUAUCCCAUUCAAAUGUACUUAUUUUCUUCCUAAUCCCUCCCUCAGCUCUGCCACACUGCCCAUCACAUUCCGCUGUCUGGAAGAGACCAAUGAUGUGGACAAGAGGGUACACCUCCCUGUGGGCGCUACCAUCAACAUGGAUGGGACAGCGCUCUACGAGGCCGUGGCAGCCAUCUUCAUUGCCCAGGUCAACCACAUGGACCUCAUCAUCAGGUACACUCUUAGAAAAAAAGGUGCUAUCUAAAACCUAAAAGGGUUCUUCGGCUGUCCCCAUAGGAUAACCCUUUGAAGAACCCUUUUUGGUUUCAGGUAGAACCCUUUUGGUUCCAUGUAGAACCCUUUUGGGUCUAAAAAGGGUUCUAACUGGAACCAAAAAGAGUUCUACCUGGAACCAAAAAGGGUUUUCCUAUGGGGACAGCCGAAGAAGCCUUUUGGAGGGGGAAAGAGAGGAGACCAGGGGGAAAGAGAGGAGACCAGGGGAAAAGAGGGGAGACCAGGGGGAAUGAGAGGAGACCAGGGGGAAAGAGGGGAGACCAGGGGGAAAGAGGGGAGACCAGGGGGAAAGAGGGGAGACCAGGGGGGGAAAGGGGAGACCAGGGGGAAAGAGAGGAGACCAGGGGGAAAGAGAGGAGAACAGGGGGAAAGAGAGGAGACCAGGGGGAAAGAGAGGAGACCAGGGGGGAAAAGGGGAGACCAGGGGGAAAGAGGGGAGACCAGGCAAGACCAGAAAGACCUGGUUCCAGAGUUUGUCCUGGACAGUAACACAGGGGCCCUAGUCAUAUUCGACUUUUCAUCUACUUGUCCUGUUUCCUGUCACCAGUAUCACAGCGACAGCAACCAGUACUGGAGCAGCAGAGAUCCCUCAGGCUGGCCUGGUCACCAUGGUGAUCAUACUGACCUCUGUUGGCCUGCCCACUGAAGACAUCACCCUCACCAUAGCUGUCGACUGGUUCCUGUGA